AUGUCCGAGAGAAAAGCCAUUAAUAAGUACUACCCGCCAAAUUUCAACCCUCUGGAGGCGGAGGAGGCGGCUCGUAAGCUUUCCAAGAAGUUAAAGACUAUGAAUCGAGACGUUAUCACCAUCCGACUUAUGACGCCAUUCAGUAUGCGGUGCUUGAAGUGCUCAGAGUUCAUACCCAAAAGCAGAAAAUUCAACGGUAAGAAGGAGUUGCUGCCUGAAAAAUACCUUGAUACUAUUAAGCAGUACAGAUUGAGUAUCAAGUGUCCCCGGUGCAAUAACAUGAUAGCCUUCCGGACCGAUCCUAAGAGUGGUGACUAUGUGAUGGAAAUCGGCGGUGUCAAAAAUUUUGUCGAAGAGAAGCCAGAGGAGAAGCUACCAGGAGACGAGACCUUAGACGAAACUCUUGAACGCCUCGAGAGGCAGCAACAACAGGAUAACAACCAGACCAAAAAUGACGACCACGAAGAUAAGCUGGAAAAAAUCGAGAAGCGGCUAGCUAAAUUGCAGAAAGAACAACAAGAUUAUGAGGAACUUGAAGCUCUGCGACGGGAAAAUAUAUCGAAAAUGAAGAAAGCUGAAGCAUUACAAGAGAAAAGUCACCUAUCUGCUCAGGAAGAAAGCCAGGGGGACGAGGAGAAAGCUGAAUUGGCUUUCCGGCUUUUCAACGCGCAAAAGGCUGACGGCGAGACCUCCGGGCCUGCGGUACACAUUACAGCGGCACCUGCCGCGAUCCCACAAAAAAUUCGUUCGAAAAAGAAGGCGAAGUCAAAUGCGCUGGGAGUCAUUGUUAAAAAGAAGAAUCGAGCCAGGCAGACCUAG